AAUUGGACGUCCUUCGUCUCGCGCCUCGCGCUUUGAAAGAAAAAAAAAACGCUAGCAACCCAUACAUCAGAAUAGAGAUAUAAUGAUCCUUUGGUGCAGCAAGGGCCUAAACUAAAAGUGUUUGGUGUUUAUCGAGAAAGUGCAGCUAAAGUGCCUACCUAAUCGAAUUUAGUUCAAAUCAUAUUAAAUAAAAUAACUAGAAGUUAAAUAAGACAUUACUAUGCCAUGAUAUGAUGGCCCUAAAGAUGUUAUAUCGUGGUCCCAGUUCGCGUUUGGAGAAUCUAAUUGAAAAGAUCCAGGCCACAAAGGACAUCACCAAUAACGAUAUGUACAGCACCCACACAUCGUCCAGUUAUUCGCCUAGCAUUUCUGACGGCACAAUGACUCCCAAUUCACACCACUUGACCGGAGCUCCAAUCGCCGCCGGUCAGGAUGAUCAUCCGACUGAGGGCAAGAUCAAUGGUGGUGCUGAUGGCGAUGAUUUGCCCAAGCCAAAACGUUUGCCACACUUCCAUCACCACCACCAUCAUCAUUACCAUCAUCAACAGGCGCUGAAAAUAGCCAACAAGCUGCGCAAAAUCAAUAAGGAAGCCAAAAUGGGAGUUACCGCAUGUGCGGGAUCCACUGGAGCAGCAUCCAAGUUUGAUAAGUUGACAGGAGAGGGGAUUAAAAGUCGCGGCGACGGAUCCUACCAGUGCCAGUUCUGCGAAAAGACAUUUCCACGUCUCGGCUACUUGAAGCAUCACGUACAGAGCCACGCUGAACACCUGCCUUUCAAAUGCGAAUACUGCUCCAAGCUCUUCAAGCACAAGCGAUCCCGAGAUCGCCAUAAGAAACUGCAUACCAACGAGCGGAACUACAAGUGUCCGCACUGCGAGGCAGCUUUUUCCAGAAGUGACCACUUGAAGAUCCACAUGAAGACCCAUGACAUACAGAAGCCCUUCCAGUGCAGCAUGUGCAACAGGGGCUAUAAUACAGCUGCUGCUCUAACCUCGCACAUGCAAAAGCACAAGAAGAAUGCAGCCAUCCUGGCAGCCGGUGGCAAUCCGAAUGCCCUCAACUAUAGUCCUCGGUCCACGGGUUCGGCCUCGGCAUCGGUGUCCAGCAAUGGUAGUCUGCAGAAGAGGAGAUAUGCCUUGGCUUUGGCAUCAGAUAGUAGCCCCAGUAGACUGGAUUUCCCGAAGAGAUCGAGGAGUAAUCAUGUGGGAGGCACUACCACCACAGCCACACCCACUCCCUUGCUCAGAUGCAGCUACUGUCCCAAGGUCACGGAGUUUAGUAGCCUGGAACAACUCAAUGCCCAUCUACAGAGUGUCCACGAACAACCGCAACCACAGGCUGUAAAGACUCCAGUUCAGGAGGGCGAAGGCUUUCAGCUGAGCUGUGAGUACUGCACCAUGAAGUUUGGCAAUAUCGCCGGACUUUUUCAGCACAUGAGAAGCACUCACAUGGACCGAUUGAGCAGUCCGAACUCCUACUACGAGCACUUCAAUCGCCUGGCCACCGCUGGCACUUUCAGUCCCCGACUGGCUUUGGACUUGCCCAAAAUCAAACCGGAUUUGGGAAGUCCGGAGCGGGAAUCGCGACCUGCUGAGGACGAUCUGCCCACAGAUUUGAGCAGCAACAAGCGGCGACCAAUGACACCCAAUCCCCAAGCCCAGACUCCACUAGCUCCGCCCUCUGCACCACCGGGCGUAUUUUUCUGCAAUCAGUGCAACGCUGGACUGCCGGAUUUCGAGAGCUUUAGGAACCAUCUGAAGAGUCACAUUGCCGAGGGCAUGCAGCUGGUUUGUCCGCAUUGCGGAAUGAGUUUGCCGGAGCAAUCGGAGUUUGAGCGCCAUGUGGUGGGUCACUUCCUCAUCACGGGCUCGGAGUUCAACUGCAGCUCGAGCUGCGGAAAGAGUUUUGCCAAAUCGGAGGAUCUGCAGCAACAUUUACUGUCCGAGCACGUCCUAACCCUGCUGAAGUGUUCUUUGUGCUCGGAGCUUUGCGAAAGCCGAAUGGCCAUGCAGCUGCAUCUGGCCUGUGCGCACAGUCAGGAAACCAAGCUUCUCCGCUGCAGCGCCUGUCUGGAGCUCUUCCGCUCCGAUGCUGAGUUUCAUGUGCAUGUGAAGACGCGCCAUCAGUUGGGCGGCCAUCCCACUUUGGGCGCCACUUCUAGUGCUCCCACUAAUCCGCUACAAUGCAUGUUCUGCCGAGCAGUUUGCUCUUCCGAGCUGGAAAUGCACUUCCAUUUGGCCGCACAUGCACGCCAGUUUAGAUGCCCUUCCUGCCCGGAGACCUUCCAUGUGGAGUUUCUGCUGGAUCGGCAUAUGCAGAGUCAGCAUGGUGGCGUCAAGGACAAGGAGGCCAACUCGCCCAACAUGGGCAGUCUCUAUGUGAAUGCCUUGCUACCACCCUUGGCGGCAGCGGCGGCUGCGGCGGCGGCCACAAACAAUAACAGCAGCAUCAUCGACUACAAUGUGGCAUUUAAGGGUUUAUUUGGAGGAGCUUCUGGUGGAGCCGGUUCCGGAGGAGGUGGAGCUCAAUCUGGCGGAGCACCGCCAUCGGGUAACAAAUUCUACAGCCCUCUUCAGGUAGACACCAAUGCACUGAAGGCGCAAACAUCUCCGCAUCCGGCUUUAAUGUACGGCCUGAGCCAGCGAUAUCUGAUGGAGAUGUAUGCUGCCAAGUCCACAUCGCCCUCGGGAAAUGAGGGAGUUGGAAACUCGCAGCCACCGGCUCCUCAAGCCACGGCACCACCACCACCAAAUGCCAGCACUGCCACUUUCAGUUGCGGAAUGUGCGAACGACAGGACUUGCGCAGCGAGGCGGAACUACACUCCCAUCGCAAAUUGGCCCACAAUCUGAAGACGGGCGUCAGCCUGAGAUGUGCCUACUGUGCGGGCAACUUUAAGUCUCGGGCAGAACUGGAGCAGCACAUGAAGAGCUGUCACAAUUCGACGGGUAAGCACAAGUGCUUGAUAUGCGAUGAGGUGUUUCCCUCACCAGCCAUUCUGGCGGAGCACAAGCUCCAACACUCGAAGGUGGGUCAGUCCGGAAAGUGUUCCCACUGUGGACAACCCCUCGAGGAUGUGGCCGCCUUUAGGGCUCAUCUAUCCGAACAUGGAAGCGAUGGUGCCUCCUUGCCACUAGCCUGCAUUUGCUGCCGGCAGACGUUGCAUUCGGAAUUUGAGCUGAGUCUGCAUGCCAAAUUCCACACAAAGUCCUCCUCGAGUGGAGGAAGUCUGCAGGAGCCAGUGUGUGCCCUGUGCUUGGAACCCCUACCAGAUGCCACCGAGGGUCCAGCCAAACUCUGUGACAAGUGCUGCCGUAAGCAUAACCUAAAUGGAAAGCGUGGCAAGCACUCGGAGCCUGCGACAUCUCUGCCAGCUCCGCCGUCGGCGUUUGUGGAAAACCGCUGCAACCUGUGCAAGAUGAUCCUGCCACAUGCCCAGAAGCUUCAGGAACAUCUGGUGGAGCACACCUUCGCCGGCACCGAACAGCGUGGCUUUAAUUGCUACAUCUGCUCGGCAGUUUUCACCGCACCGGGAGGACUACUCAACCACAUGGGCGAACACGGAGCCCAUUCUCGACCCUACGAUUGUAAUCUCUGCCCGGAGAAAUUCUUCUUCCGAGCUGAGUUGGAGCACCACCAAAGGGGUCAUGAGCUGAGACCGCAGGCACGACCUCCAGCAGCAAAAGUGGAGCUAACAUCCAUUCGGAACAGUUCACCCGGCCAGAGUCCGGUGAGAAGUCCCACCAUUGUCAAACAAGAGCUAUACGAAACGGAUACCGUCGAGUCCGGCGGAGUGCAAGAUGAACCGGAGAAUCAGCCAGAUGAAGAGGAGUACAUUGAAGUAGAACAAAUGCCGCAUGAGACACGUCCAAGUGAGAUUGGGUCGCAAUUGGAAAGGUCCACCAGCAGCGCCUAAAAUACUAAAAAAUUGAGAUUCAUAGUGGGCUGCCUAGUAAAUGUAUUGUUAUUCCAAACAUUCUUUUUAAACAAUGUCCCAGAGUUUUCAGAAUUUUAGCAUAUUUAUUUUUAUACAAAUUUUGGGAAUCUACAAAACACGAGAUUCAGCCCCUUAAACUAAUAGGUCUUGUCACUUAUAACGUUGUAACGUAAAGCAAUUAAAACAGUUUAGAAUUAAUCAUAUACAUACGUAUAAAUACAUACACGAUAAACUCAACCGACAAAGAAUUAUCAAUAUUACACAUACGCCUAGUGAACUCGUAGAAACUCUUGACGAAAAGUAAGCAUUUGUGUGUGAUAGUUUUUCAAAGAUUCGACUCCGCUGUUUAUUCUCAAUUAUGAUUUACCUACUUUAGAUAUGUAUGUUAUAGGGCAUUGCCUUUGAUUCAGUAUUUAUAUUGUAUUACACGAUUCAACAAUAACUAACCAUGUAACUAUAAAUGAUUAUACAAUUACAUACGUCUUACAUAAGCACCAAAACAUUUUUAAUGUGUAGCAUAUAAAAAGUGAAAAACAAAAAGGAAGACAACUGAAAAAUA